CCUGCAUCAUAUCAUACAGGAAGAGCAGAGCAGCAGCGUAACAUGGCAGCACGCCUGUCCCUCCUCGUCGUUCUGGCCCUCCUCGCCGUCCUCACGGCGAAGGCCGACUUCGACGAGCAGUUUGAGGUGAUUGGCGACCGUGACCACAUCGGGUACAAGGACGACGGCAACGGCGGGCAGGAGUUCUCUCUGGAGCUCGACCAGGAAUCCGGCUCCGGCUUCAAAUCCAAGAACAAGUACCUCUUCGGCGAGUUCAGCGUCCGGAUGAAGCUCGUCGACGGCAACUCCGCCGGCACCGUCACCUCCUUCUACCUGACCUCCGGGGAGAGCAGCACCCACGACGAGAUUGACAUCGAGUUCAUGGGGAACUCGAGCGGGCAGCCCUACGUGAUGAACACCAACGUCUGGGCCAGCGGCGACGGCAAGAAGGAGCACCAGUUCUACCUCUGGUUCGACCCCUCCGCCGAUUUCCACACCUACAAGAUCACCUGGAACCCCAAGAACAUCAUAUUCGAGGUGGACAACGUGGCGGUGAGGACGUUCAAGAACUACGAUGACCUGCCGUUCCCGACGAGCAGGCCGAUGGAGGUGCACGCGACGCUGUGGGACGGCAGCUACUGGGCGACGCAGCACGGCAACGUCAAGAUCCACUGGAGGCACGAGCCCUUCGUGGUCUCCUACCGCGCCUACCACGCCAACGGCUGCGUCCACAGCAAGAACUCGUCGCGCUGCCCCGACGGCUCCGACGCGUGGAUGCACAGGGAGCUCGGCGACGAGGAGCUCGACACCGUCGCCUGGGCGGAGCGCAACUGCCUCUCCUACAACUACUGCGCCGACGGCUGGCGCUUCCCCAAGGGAUUCCCCGGGGAGUGUGGCCGCAAGUGAUGCAAUGAAUCCAUCUGAAUUAUAGCUGGCCACCCCAGAUUUGAUUAAUUUUUGUUUCUUACAACUGUUCAUUCAUUCCAUUCGAUUCCACCAUGGACAUGUACCCCCUGUGCCAUUUCCCGUGUAGAUUUGUAGCGUCGUCGUUCCUGAUUUGGUACCGUUUGUUUUCAUGCCGAGAUCAACUGAGAAGGAUGAAAGUGUAGGUGUGAAGAAUGUAACUAAAUCGAACAUAUAGUUAUAAGGAAUGUUGACAUUUCGUCUUGGGUUUGUG